AUGGCGAGUAUACAAUAUAUUAAAGGUGUAAGGACCAGGUUCCGAAAUAUUUUAGACUUAGAAAUACAAAAGGGUGAUGGUCUGUUGAACACAGAAAUCGAUGAGGAAUUCGAUUUAGACAGAAUGCUUAACGAAGUGUCGAAAUGUUUUGAGAAGGUAAAAGAAUAUAAAGAAAAGGUUGAGAGACAAAGUGAAAAAUUAGUGGAAUCGAUUGACAAAAAAGAAAGCGAGAUGAUUGAGGAAAUUAUUGACGAAGAUCUCACCUUGUGUGAAAAAGCCUUCGACAUGUGUCAAAAUUUACAAGUGUUCACUAAAACGUUGAUGCAAAGUAAAGAAAAAUUAGAAUUUAAAGUUGAUCAAAAGGAUUACACACAUGAUUUAGUGGAGGUUCAAAAGAACACUCAACAGUUACUUGAAGCUCAGAUGAGACAACAAGAAAAAGAAAAACGUAAAGAAAAUGAGAAACUGUCAUCAAUUAAGCUUCCAAAGAUAGAUAUGAUCAGUUUUAAUGGUGACAAAACAAGAUGGACAGAAUUUUGGGACAGCUUCGAAAAUGCUGUACAUAACAACAAAUACAUAUCAAAUGUUGAAAAGUUUAACUAUCUGAAGGGAAAACUAGUUGGCUAA